ACGCCUCCUUCUUGGGGCUCUCAGCCUCGCUGGAGAACCUCAUGGCGGAGCGGCGCCGCAGGAAGAAGCUCAAUAACUGCCUCUACAUGCUGCGCUCCGUCGUGCCCAAGAUCAGCAAGGUGGAUAGAGCUUCAAUUCUUGGUGAUUCAAUUGAUUACCUGAAGGAGCUCCUGCAGAGGACCAACGAUCUUUACAACGAGCUGGAGUCUGCUCCUAGCUGUGCCCUUGCUGCUGGACCAGCAGCAGCUAACUUCCACCCCUCCACACCCACGCUGCAGCCAUUUCCCAGCCGCCCGGCCUCGUUUCCUAGUCCCAGUGGCCAGCAGGGAACGGUUGAGGUGAGGACGUGGGAAGGGCAGGCAGUAAACAUCCACAUGUUCUGCGCGCGAAGGCCGGGCAUCCUGCUGUCCACCAUGAAGGCCCUUGACAGCCUCGGCCUUGACAUCGAGGAGGCGGUCAUCAGCUGCUUCGAUGGGUUUGCGACGGAUGUCUUCCGCGCCAAGCAAAGGAGGCAUCCUGGGCUCUUGCCUGGAGAAAUUAAGGCCGUGCUCCUACGUUGUGCUGGUCUCCGACGGACCCCUGUGCUGGUCUCCGACGGACCCCAUUAGUGAUCAACUGAACAUCGAUCACAGGCAUUGGGUGAUCGUCCUUUCUGAUCAGGAAAGUUGCUAUAUGUAUAAAACUUCAUGAGAUGAGGCUCCCCUUCAACAGACAUGAAUUGAAUCA